CGGACGCGCACGCUCGCCGCGCUCCACCACCCGUACCGCGCCGCGUUCGCGCUAUGCCGACUCUUCGACAACAAAUCUAUGUGCACACUUACUUGUACUUUUUUCAAAUUCGGAGUGUAGGACGUAGCCCGGAAAUGCGCCAGUGAAUUAAAACUUACUUAAAUAUUGUGAUAAGUUGUUAGUUAUUGUUGAAUUUAUUCAAACAAUUGUUGGUUGUAGAGACAAUAUCGAAACGAACAUUGGACCUUAACGACGAUGGUGUCUGAAGGGGCUUUGCCCGUAGUAUGGUGUAUCCGCGAUAAUCAACUUGUGCCUCACCAAGUAUCCGGUGUUAAGUUACAAGGAGCAGUAACAGGAGCGCAUAUAGCCGCUGUUACAGAUUUUUUGCGUAUGGUAGCAGGAACACCUAUCGUCCUUCCGCAUACGGCGGUUCCUGAAGAUGUCGACAAUGACAUUAAUCAAGAAAAAGAAAUCUCAACCCGCAGACGAAAAAUGUCCAUGCAAGUUGAAGUGCCUUGUGUUUUUCUCACUGAAAGCGCCUUACAAAAAGCUAAGAGCCGCAGCAAUUCUAGAGAAGAAAAGGUAACGAUUGAAAGAUGUAAUAUCACAACUACAAAAAUGAUAGACAGUCAGUCAUCAUUUUUGAGUUCUUCUGAUAUUUUAGAAAUGAAAGAAUUUGAGGAUAGUCCCCAAGAAACUGUAAAAGAUAAUUGUAAGUCAAAUACAUCAGAGUCUUCAGUUUCAUUAACUGAAAAUAAUUAUCCUCAAAGAAUAACGAGAAUUAUAGAGUUAGACGACAUAACCUCAGUAAAUAUAGAAUCAGAAAAAGAACAUUCACAAAGAAUAACAAGAAUUAUUGAAUUUCAAAAUGACAAGGCACCUUCACCUGUUCAUAUCGAUGGAGAAAAUGAGACAUUGCAAAGAAUAACUAGAAUAAUAGAACUGAAUGAGGAUAAUUCAUUUUCUACUAUUACGAAUAGUACAGAAUCAUUAGACAAAGAUUGUCAUCAAAGAUUAACUAGAAUAAUGGAAGUUGAAAAAGAAAACAACUUUCCAAGCAUGACUAAAAUAAUUGAAAUGGAAAACGACAUAUCAAAUGAACGAAGAAUUUCGUUGACCAACGAACGCGAAACUGGCGGUGGAAAUACAGAAAUCAGCAAUGAGGAAGUGACUGUUAGGUCUAAGCUUGUGCAUCGAAGUACCCCUAGGUUUAGUCUUGACUCUUCGUGCUCCGAAAACUCUUAUGUUAAUAUUGAGUGUAUAAAGAGUUUGCAGGAUGUUAGAAAAGAGGAAAACACUGAGAGCGGUGUGAAUCCUGAUAUAAUCCCCGUUGGUAGAUCUAUCCGUUCUCGGUUUCCGAGAAAGAAGACGUCCGUAUGUUCGAUUGGCUCUUCGGACUGCGACGACGAGGUAGAUGUCAUAUUCAAAUCCAAGCCUAAAUCUAGUCAAUGGGUCAGUUUGGAUUGGAUACCACCGCCUCCCAAAGAAGAGCCAGUGAUCAUGCAAGUCUGUGAUAAAAAUGAUUUUAUAUCAAAAUGGAUAGCAGAACAAAAUUCACAAGAAUCUAUAAUUAUUGCCGACGAAAGGCGAAAGAGCCUUCCGCCGAAAUCUAACGAAAUAUAUCUUCAAAACAUGAGAAGAUUUAGUGACAGUUUGCAAAUAUGCAAAGAAGACGCCGCUAGUGAUUCUCCAGCUACAGUGAAGUGGAAGUGGCAUGAUAUAGUAAAACGCCACCUACAAUUGUUGAAAAGCGAGAAAGGCUUUAGAAGACAAAAAGGUAGCUGGAUGAGAACGGCUAGGCGUUUGUCCGGUACUAAUGUAAACCACAAAGAUUUAGAGUCUUUGCCGUUGGAUACAUACAUGAAACUUCAGACUAUGCCAUGGUACUUCCGCAAAAUAAAACGAAUCGAAGCGGAGAAGAAAUUGCUCCUGCCCGAGAACGAACAUGGCGCUUUCCUCAUCCGAGAUUCCGAGAGCCGCCAUAAUGACUUCUCGCUAUCAGUGCGAGACGGGGAUACGGUGAAGCAUUACCGCAUCAGGCAGUUGGACGAGGGCGGUUUCUUCAUCGCUAGGCGUACCACCUUCCGUACGCUACAGGAACUGGUCGAGCACUAUAGCAAGGACGCUGACGGCCUCUGCGUCUCCCUCAACAAGCCUUGCGUACAGAUCGAGAAGCCAGUUACGGAAGGUCUGUCGCACAGAACGCGCGAUCAAUGGGAAAUCGACCGUUCAUCGCUCAAGUUCGUUAGAAAACUGGGACACGGCCAGUUCGGCGAAGUAUGGGAAGGUCUAUGGAACAACACCACUCCGGUUGCCGUCAAGACUCUCAAGUCCGGUACUAUGGACCCCAAAGACUUCCUCGCCGAAGCCCAGAUCAUGAAGAAACUGAGACAUGCCAAACUCAUCCAGUUAUACGCUGUGUGCACACUUGAGGAACCAAUCUACAUCAUCACUGAACUGAUGAAGAACGGAUCUCUCUUGGAUUACCUACAAGGUAAAGGUCGUUGUCUGAAGCUGCAGCAGCUUAUCGACAUGGCUGCUCAGAUCGCCGCCGGCAUGGCGUACCUCGAAUUGCAGAACUACAUACAUCGCGAUUUGGCUGCGAGGAACGUUCUGGUAGCCGACGCUAACAUCGUCAAAAUCGCUGACUUCGGCCUCGCUAGGCUUAUCAAAGAAGACGAAUACGAGGCUCGCGUGGGCGCUCGGUUCCCCAUUAAAUGGACGGCGCCCGAGGCAGCCAACUACAGUAAAUUCUCCAUAAAGUCGGACGUGUGGUCGUUCGGUAUCCUCUUGACGGAGCUCGUCACUUACGGCCGAAUACCUUAUCCAGGAAUGACCAACGCGGAAGUACUACAUCAAGUAGAGCACGGUUAUCGCAUGCCGUGCCCACAGAACUGCCCCGCGGCGCUGUACGAAAUAAUGCUGGAGUGCUGGCACAAGGACCCGCUCAAGCGACCCACCUUCGAGACCCUGCAGUGGAAGCUCGAGGACUUCUUCACCAUGGACAACUCCGAGUACAAAGAGGCGUCCGCCUACUGAGCCCGGCCCUCCCUGCCGCCCCACCGACACGCACACUCGCACCAUACUCCAGGCCUGUAUCAUAUGCCGCCGGAACUGCAGAUGUUACACAACAGUACGUCGAUGCAAUAUCUGCAGAUGCAUCCAAUGGCGCAGACGAGCAUAGGACAGAUGCAGGCCGCGCAUCAAGCGAGCAUCCAGCUGCAAGCCGCACAUCAGGCUAGCUUGCAGGCUGCGCAUCAGGCCAGUUUGCAGGCGGCUCAUCAGGCCAGCUUGCAGGCGCACCAGGCCAGCUUGCAGGCGGCUCAUCAAGCCAGCUUGCAGGCCCACCAGGCCAGCUUGCAGCACGUGGCCAGCCUGCAGCACGCGGGCGGGCUGCAGCACGUGGCGCGGCCGCUGUGCGCGCACCACGCGCGCCACGCGCCGCCGCACCGCGCGCCCUAAAGCGCCGCCACCGCCACACCAGGACACACCCAUCCUACGUUCGAUGCUACCAUCCCAUGUGCUCUACCACGACACAGAACCACCUUACGCUCCGUUACUCAAGUGAGCCUCGCCAAAACUAGCUGGUAGACCACUCUCUAGGCCGACAGUACGAGCAGCGAUGUGCAGGACACACGCCUUCCGUUACAUUCCCUUAUGAACGACGGAGCACGCUCCCCUUCAUAAACCCUUCCAGGAAAUAUCAGUCCUACUGAUGACGAGAUAACUUUGAAGCUCUCACCGAGAGGUCAUAAUUUUAUUAUUGCAAGACGAAGCGAAUACGAGAUAUAUGCGAAUUUGAAAUGGCGACGUAGACGUAAUUUUAUUACUCCUCGAUUGGUAAUAAGUUUAGUUAGACUGCCUACGACUUUCUAAAUAUAUUUAGCCAUAGGUUAACGUUUACGAUUCUUCAAGUAUUCAAUUUAAUAAGCCUCUUUAGGGUGAUCACUUACGAUGUAAUUCGGAAAAGAUGAAGUAGGCUGUUUGGAGUGUUUGCAGCGCUUUCAUAAUUUUCUCUACAUAUGGCAAUAAUAUGAGUGACAUAUCAGCGCUUUAUCAUUUUCAUGACGCUUCAGCUCAGGGAUAUAACAUAACUGGUGCCGUGUGGAUCGCUUCUAACGUCAGUUCUCUUGCAAUCAAAUAAAAUGUGUUCUCUGCUUCGCUGCAUUUUGUAACGAUUUAUAAAUGUUAAGGAUACAUUUCUGGCUCUAAAAUCCAACGUAGUUGAUAUUGUUCAAGUUCGAAGCAAGAGGCUAUAUCGUAUAAAGUUAGCUACAACAAUUGGUUUCGUGUUCACGACAUUGGAAUGCUUGUGGCGCUAUGGUGUGGCAGUAUGGUGUCGCGGCCUGCGCAGGCGACUGUGAGUGUGUGACAGGAGGAUCUCUAGGCUCGGCAGGGAAUAAAUUAUCUAGCGUAUAGUACGCAUUUUGUAAGGAUUUAUGUUAUGAAGAGGCGCAUUAACAGAUUAGGUAUUUUCACCUUCGUAUACCAUGUUUAGUAGAAUAACGAUGUUGGUGAUAGAUGCCAAAUAAUCCUAAUAAAGAACUGAAUUUUAUAUACAUAAUUAAUUGUUCUGAGGGUAUUUAGACGUUAGGAUUUUAUUUUAUUUAAGCUGUUCUAAAUCAUAAUUAAUGGAACGCUAUUCUUAACUAUUUAUAUAAUUGUAACAAUGACAUUUAUACACUUGUACACCUAUCUCGCGGAUUUUAGUUUACAUUCAAUCGUUUUAAUAUUUAUCAUGCUCAAGAACUUUUUAAUUUUAUUUGAUUGUAUCAAUUUAUAUACAUCUGAAACUGAUAUUUUAUUUGUGCCAAGACUUUUAGUUUUAGUGCAAGUUAAAAGUGGCCACAUUGUAAUCUAAAUUGUAUCGACACAAACUAAUUACGUAUUUAACCAUUUACUUUAAAGCUAAGAUAUAAUUGGCCUAAGUAAAUAAGUAUUUUUGAAUGUGUAAGUUUUGUAUCCUAACUUAUUAGACUAACUUAGUAUAUAUUAGAUAUUUUCAAUUAUAUUACUGAAUGUCAGGCGUAAAUAUUCUCAUUCGUUAAAACUUCACAUUUUUAUUGAAAAUGUCACAGUUAUGUGCAAUAUUUAUUGUUUUCAAACCCGGUGCUUAGUGUAUUUGUAUGCUACGAAAGAUUUUAUUGUAUACUUACGUCCUCAGAACAUUUAAACAAACUGUCGAUGUAAGCUUGAAACGUUAAUUAUAUGAUUUGAUGAUAAUCUAGUACCAUUGACAGUACAACAAUGAAUUGUUGACGUGUAUAUUGAACUUUCCACAAUUUUUAACAUGUAAAUAGUACCAAGAUUAUGUAGUAUUGGUUAUAAUGGUAAUAAGUGAUAUUAGAAUGUUGGUAUUAUGGUAUAACAGUGUGCUGCUUACUCAAAGGUCCACUGACUCGAUCAUUCCAAUUGGAUCAAGGCAAUAUACUAAAAAUCGACAAAUAAACAAUCUUAGGCAUUACAAAGAUGAUAUUCUUUAUAUCACGAUAAAAUACUAAAAUACAAUUAUAUCGCACAAAUAUACAUUCGUAACCUACUUGUAAGGUGCCUGAUAUAAAUGCAUUUGUACGUCACAAAAUAUUGUGUGGUCUGUAACGAGUGACCAAUUUUUUCUUCUUUUUCAUCUCUUCGUUUCUCGGUACUGUCGUCACUUGUUGGCAUUUUUUGCUUGUCGUAAACAUUCUCUUGUGGUGAGUUAUUCCCACACUCAUUAGAUUUCGCGCGUCACUCGUUACUAGACUAUAUUUUCUCACUGCACUGUGGAUAGAGCACGAUUACCUAGGAUCGAAAAUUUUUAUUCAAUUUUGAACUUUAUUGUCAAAACACAGUGUUCACGGUCAAGACUUCAGAGAUAUGUCCGCCAAGUAUUAAUUUAAUGAGCCGUUUGAUCUUAUUUCAUAUAAUUAAUUAAUUCCAACAUAAUUAUUGUUUACUCUCACGUAUUAUUUCUAUAAUUUAUUUCUUCGUAAUAUGUUAAGUUUUAGCUGUAUAAUAAUGCUUUAGGCUUUAUGCUUUAUCGAAAUGGCUACGUCCGCUACGUCUAUCCCAUAUGUAUGUACAUGUACCGCAAUAUUACUGUAUUCAAUAAUUUUAAUAAUUAGUUAGCCAAUUUUAAGUAUUUUCUUAAAAGUUUCGCCAUCACAAUUUAUAAAGAGAUCAAUAGAACGAAUAGGGUUAAGCUAUGUGAAUGAUGUACGUUAGAUAUAAAUAUUUAACUAGAAUUUAUUUAGUAACUGUUGCUGUGUUACAUGACAUUUAUACUUCGGUUACAAGUAUUUGUACAACUGUACCAAGUGUAAUUGUUUAGGGUGGAGUCAUAAAUUUCAAGUGCGACUGAUGAUAGUUGAUACUGUUUGACAUGUGAACUAAGGUCUUAUUACCUCCGAGUAUCAAUUAAAUCUAUUUUAGUUUAUUCUCGUGUACCAGUAUUGUUACACUGCCAUAACUACACAUUACUUGGUCAAUUUAUACUCUCGGCCGGUGGCACUAUAUUAGCCCAUUAGAUAUUUGAUAGCCAAACCUUUGUAUCGAAGAUCUUAUAUGACAGUGUAACCACAAUACUGGUUUUAAGUACGGUUAUUAUAAUGAUUACUAUAUUUCACUUAUUUGUAAAGAUUUUUUUUAACACAACAAUAAAUAUAAAUGUGAAAUA